CAUGGAAUGUCAGCUUAGAGACAACAAGAUUACUCUUCUGGAAUUGUGACCGAGGGCCAGGUGUCUGUGGCUUGUGUAGGGACUGUGUGGAGGAUACAACCUCUAAUAGAUUAGGUGGAAGAUGUCAUCCCAGAGUCAGCCAAGCCUCCUUCACAAGUACAAGGGCAUCCUCUUCUCUGCCAUGUCUUCAGAAGAACUCCUUGAUUCCUUGGAUUCUUUUGAUGCAAGAGAAGAUGACAUAUUUCUGGUUUCCUACCCCAAAUCUGGAACUCACUGGGUGGCAGAAGUCAUUGAAAACAUUCCCAAUGCUGGAAUCACUCUCACAUCUCCUAUUGAGUGGGGAGAUGUUUCUAAAUUCAAAGAGCUAAAAAUGGUCCCUAAGAGAAGAGUUAUCCCAACGCAUCUAAGCUAUGAAAUGAUUCCUGUUACCGUUAAACAGAAGCAAUGUAAGAUUGUCUACGUUGUCAGAAAUCCGAAGGAUACAGCUGUGUCCCUGUUCCACUACUACAAAGACAACCCCAACCUCCCGUCCACUGAAACGUGGGCUGCGUUUUUAGAGCUGUUCCUCAAAGGAGAUGUUGUAUAUGGUUCCUGGUUUGAUCAUGUUUUGAGCUGGGAAAAACACAAAAAUGAUAAAAACAUCCUCUUCCUAUUCUAUGAAGAAAUGAAGAAUGAUUUUGCUAAGAGCCUAAAGAAAAUAACUGCUUUCCUUGGCAUCAGUGUGAAUGACAGUGAAAUGAGUAAGAUCGCUCGGAACACAUCGUUCAGUGAAAUGAAAAGCAAUGCAGUUAAAGAAAACUGUGAUCCUAAUCACACCAUCUGUGCCCUCACAUCCAACAGGAACCUGGUGUUCAGAAAAGGAGUGGUGGGUGAUUGGAUCAACUACUUCACUCCGAAGCAGAAGCGAGUCUUUGAUGAAGUAUUCACAGAGAAGAUGAGACACAGCGAUGUGGGCAGAUGCCUGAAGGAGUAUGCGAAUGCGGAUGGGAAGUAAAGCUGGACCUCCACCCUCUGCCGUGCAGCGCCCAGAGAACAUGUAAAUAUUCUUUACGGAUGUGGAAAGCAGGGACUUCUUCCCAUGAGAAACACAUACUUCAAGAAAGUGUCCAAAGUGGCCCUCGUGAGAGACUAUUAUCAUUGUAUUUGGUGACAGUCGAGAAAUAUUAAUAAAAGGAGGCAUAGAAUUCUCCAAUAGCUGAACUCUGGAUCCACUUUCAGCAUGUUCAGCAAGGCCAGGGGUAGUUCCUGUUCAGAGAGAGGACAUUACUGUAAAUCCUCCAUGAGCUGUGCUGAUGCGGAAUAGAGGCAAAGGAUUAAGAGACAUAACCAGGAAAAUUCCAUUUUCUGCCUAUUUAGACGAGCAUGGCCUGUAUCCCAACGUUUUUGUUCCAACAUUUCCAAGUGUCUGUGAGAAAUACUUUCUAAAAUCACAAUAACAGAGACCAUCCUGUCAAACUUGAAACAUCUAAUGGUAGGUUCCUAUCAUAUGUUGGUGAGCAUGAAGAAUGAAGAGAAAAUCCUCCAGCCGAACAUGGCUAGGCAAGCCUGUGUUUUCUUAAUAUCACCUCAAUUAAAUUAUAAACUUUUCAUUUUCCAAUUUUGAAACUGAACUUCCCUUUGAAAUUUUCCAUGCUUGUGACUAUAGUAUUUUGAGUAUGCAAGCUCUCUUCCAGACUCAUGCCCAGCGCUAAUUCAGUCUCUACAGCUCUCUGUAAAGUGCACUACCCCGUGCCUUUCACUAGAGGGCACUGUAAGGAACUCUCCGUGAACUGAACAGUGUUCUCAGUUUACUUCUGCUGUAGACUCCUACCUAAGGCUUGCUGGGGAAUCAAAACUGUGCUGUGUGUAGCUCUUAAUGCUGAGCUCAAAGCAGGAGGUGGGUUUGCUGAGUUCAACUAAACUCUUUGAUUUUUAUACCCUAGUGUAUUAUGAAUCUAUGUAAAUGUUCAGGGACAAA